AUGAAGACAUCUAGGGAAAGUUCACUGUGCCUCACACCCACCCCUGCCAGCACUGGAGGACAAAUUCCAAAGUUUGGCACCCUCAUUCCUAAUAGAGUUUUCGUUGGGGGCAUUUCUAGUGAUACCUCGGAGAAUGAGUUGAAGUUCUUCUUCUCGGCCUACGGACCUGUUAAGGAUUGCAAAAUAAUUCUGGACAGAGGGGGCAUCAGUAAAAGUUAUGGGUUUGUAACCUUCGAGAAUCAAGAAGACGCUGAGAGGAUAUUGAAGAAAGAGUUUGAGAAUUUGAUAUUUAAAGAGAGAAAGUUGAACGUGGGUCCAGCCAUCAGGAAACAGCAGGCCUUCACUAAACUCUGCGGUCAGUUGAAGUAA